AUGUCUGGUCUACGGAAUAGAGUUUCGAAGGCAGCCAGUACUGUCAAAGAGUAUGCCACUAGUAAGAAAAAGUGGGCGCUCGAAAAGCAAACCUCUUCUCUGGCCCCUGAGAAAGUAUGGACAAAUAUUGAUAAUGAUGUUACUCCGUUGAGUAGACGUACAUGGACUACUUGGACUGUUCUAGGUUUUUGGUUCUCUGAUGGAUUAAAUAUUCAAGGUUGGGAAUCACCGUCCAGUGUAAUCGCUGUGGGCUUGACUUGGAGAGAAGCCUUGAUUUGUAAUGCUUUUGGUAUGCUAAUUAUUGUUGUCCCAUUAACGCUCAAUGGUGCUAUUGGUUCAUUUCUUCAUGUUCCUUUCCCCAUUGCAGUUCGAUCGGCAUUUGGUUAUAGAUUCGGUAAAUUCGCCGUUAUUGUCAGAAUGGUUACAGCACUCUUUUGGCAUUCUAUUCAAACUUACUCGGGAUCUUUGGCAUUUAUGCUCUGUAUUAUUGCUAUUUGGCCUUCAUUCCUGAAUGUUCCAAAUCAUAUUCCCGAGUCUGUAGGCAUCACCACUCAACAAAUGGUAUGUCAGUUCCUGUUUUGGUCUAUCCAACUUCCAAUUCUGCUCAUUUCACCUCAUAAAAUCAAAUGGUUUUUCAUUCUUAAAGCUAUAAUGGUAACCUUUUGUUGCAUUGGAGUGGCAGCUGCAAUGUGUUCAAUUGCUGGAGAUACCGGUGCCAUUUUCCAUCAAGAACCUAAAGUUCAUGGUUCGAAGAAGGCAUGGUUGAUUCUAAAUUGUAUGAUGUCUAGUGCGGGAGGCUGGGCUACUAUGGCUACUAAUAUCCCUGAUUUCACGAGAUACAUGCGAGGCACUAGAGGACAGUGGUGGCAAGGAUUGUUCUUACCAGUGAUCAGUCUUUUCUUGGCAGCAAUGGCAAUUCUAGCCACAAGUGCCAGUGGAGUCAUUUUCCGAACAUAUAUUUGGGAUCCCACUCAAUUGCCAUUGAAGUGGACUGGACCUGGUGGAAGAGCGGGUAUGUUUUUCGUUGGUCUCUCUUGGGCUAUUGCUCAAAUAGGUACCAAUCUUACGGCCAAUGUCAUUACAGCUGCGAAUGACUUGAGCAGUCUGUGUCCCAAAUACAUUAAUAUCAGAAGAGGUGCUAUCAUCGUUACCGUCAUAGGAGGUUGGAUUAUGCAACCUUGGAAGAUUAUAAGCUCUGCUCAAUCUUUAUUGACUUUUAUGUCUGGAUUGGCGGUGUUUCUUGCUCCAAUUGCUGCUAUGUUGGCUACAGAUUUCUGGCUCGUCAAGAGAAAGUGCAUUGAUGUCGCUGCCCUCUAUGAUCCUGAUGGAAUUUAUAAAUACUGGCAUGGUAUGAAUUGGAGAGCUUUGGUAUCAUUCCUCAUUGGACUUGGACCAAAUCUUCCUGGGCUCGCAAAAGCUGUUAGUCCUGGUCUUAACAUAAGCGGUGGUAUUCUCCAUGUUUAUGACAUCAACUACUUUUAUGGUUUCUAUACAACUGCAUUGGUUUACUUCCUGCUCAGCUAUUUCUGGCCUGCUAAGGAAACUGUUAUCCCAGCACCAAUGUUGGCUGAUGGCAUAAUUUAUGGAGUAGAUCCUUCCCAUGACUCUGAAGAAGACACUGUUGAGAAGGUCAGCUAUGUUACGAAUACCCAGGAAAAGGUUUAG